UUGACAAACACAAUGUGCCAACAAAGUCAGUGAAGAAAAAUACCUCAAACUAGCAAAUAUGAAUGUAACCUAUGCAUGAUUUAAAAUACUAAAUAACUCAUCUAUGGCCACUUUGUGGCAGUGCACAGUGCUAUAUACAAAUGCCAGUUUAUACAUGUGACAGAUACACAGCAUCAGUUCAGCUUAAAGCUGCUAAAAAGCUCCAUAGAGCUGAGGGGGAACUGCAGAGCUAGGUGAUAACACAGUGACAAACUCACAUUAAAUAUAGUUGUUUCUAUUCUGUGUUAAUAUAAAAAUAUUAUUUUACUGAACCUUUAAAGCUACUUAUGGGAACAUAAAAGGGGAAACUUUCUGGGGUUAAAGGAAGUGUGCUUUUUAUUCUAGAUGGCAAACCAGAUAGGUCUGUGGCACAAUGAAAUAAAAAAAAAUGUUAUUGUUGGUGCAUCUGCAAACAAUAAGACUUUGCUGCAGCAGUGUUCUCUCUGUAUAUUUACAAUUUGCUUUUAAAUCCCAAGUGAAAGGUUUAGACCCUUCCGGAGUUCAGCCUGUCCCUCGUACCAGGUGAUGUGGCCAAGGAGUUAAUGGAUUGGCAUGGGAGUAGAGCUUCACUAAACAUGGCAGUAGAGCUCCACUAAACAUGGCACCAUCUGGCAUCAGUUCUCCUCAUAAGCUACUCAAGGAGAAGCAAAAAACAUCCCUCCGUACCCGGGGCCAAACAGGAUGAGGGACUGUUACUGCACUGUCAACCUGGACCAAGAGGAGGUCUUCAGGACCAAGAUCAUCGAGAAGUCACUUUGUCCGUUCUAUGGGGAGGACUUCUACUGUGAGAUCCCACGCAGCUUCAGGCACCUCUCCUUCUACAUCUUUGACAGGGAUGUGUUCAGGAGGGACUCCAGUAUCGGCAAGGUUGCAGUGAAGAAAGAGGACCUGCAGAAAUAUCACGGCAAAGACACCUGGUUCCAGCUUCAACCUGUCAGUGCUGACUCAGAGGUGCAGGGAAAAGUACACCUGGAGCUGCGUCUGAGUGAAGUCAUCACAGACAGUGGAGUCAUCAGCCAUAAACUAGCCACACGAGUGCUGGAGUGCCAAGGUCUUCCAAUCGUCAACGGCCAAUGUGAUCCCUACGCUGCUGUGUCCUUACUAGGACCUUCAAGGUCAGAUGCCAAAAAGACCAAGGUGAAGAGGAAAACCAACAAUCCACAGUUUGAGGAGGUUUUCUAUUUUGAGGUGACACGGCCAUUAAGUUACACAAAGCGGCAGUUUGAUGUUGAAGAAGAGGAUGUUGACAAACUGGCGCUGAGGGUGGAUCUGUGGAACGCCAGCAACCUGAAGUUUGGGGAUGAGUUCCUGGGAGGUGUGCGAGUUCCUCUGCGAGUUCUGGGUCAGGCUGGGGUCCACGACGCAUGGUACUUUCUCCAGCCGAGGGAGAAUGGAGGAAAAUCGGUGAAGGUAGAAGAGCUCGGCUCUCUGCGUUUGAACAUCGUUUACACUGAGGACCAUGUCUUCCCCUCCGAACAUUACACCCCCCUCAGAGAUCUACUGCUGCACUCUGCUAAUGUCGAGCCUGUGUCGGCGUCCACUGCUCACAUUCUGGGGGAGGUGUGUCGUGAGAAGCAAGAAGCCGCCAUUCCCCUCGUGCGUCUCUUUCUUCACUACGGCAAGAUCGUGCCUUUCAUCAGCGCCAUUGCUCAUGCUGAAGUCAACCGCACACAGGAUCCAAACACCAUUUUCCGGGGAAACUCGCUGACUUCUAAGUGCAUUGAUGAGACCAUGAAGCUAGCAGGAAUGCACUAUCUUCAAGUCACACUCAAACCCAUCAUAGAUGAGAUCUGCACAGAACACAAACCCUGUGAAAUCGACCCAGUCAAACUGAAAGAGUCUGAGAACCUGGACACAAACAGGGAAAACCUUCGCCACUAUGUAGACCGUAUCUUCAACGUUAUUACCACCUCUGGUGUCCGCUGUCCCACCGUCAUGUGUGAUAUCUUCUUUUCUCUGAGGGAGUCUGCUGCCACCCGUUUCCAAGUUGACCAGGACGUCCGAUACACAGCAGUGAGCAGUUUCAUCUUCCUGCGUUUCUUUGCUCCCGCCAUCCUCUCCCCGAACUUGUUCCAUCUACGGCCGCACCAUCCGGAUCCCGCCACCUCACGAACCCUGACCCUCAUCUCCAAGACGAUCCAGACACUGGGAAGUCUUGCAAAGUCAAAAUCUGCCAAUUUCAAAGAGUCUUACAUGGCUGCAUUUUAUGACUACUUCAAUGAACAGAAAUAUGCAGACGCUGUGAAGAAUUUUCUGGACCUGAUCUCCACCUCUGGCAAAUGGGAUCAGAAGAGUAUUGAAACACCAAUCAUGCUCAAAGAGGGAUUUAUGAUAAAGAGAGCACAAGGGAGAAACCGGUUUGGAAUGAAGAACUUCAAAAAGAGAUGGUUUCGCCUCACCAACCACGAGUUUACCUACCACCGAACGAAAGGUGAGGGAGCUCUGUGCAGCAUUCCCAUAGAAAACAUCCUGGCUGUAGAGAGGCUAGAGGAGGAGUCAUUCAAGAUGAAAAAUAUGUUCCAGGUAAUUCAGCCAGAGCGGGCACUCUACAUCCAGGCCAACAACUGUGUCGAGGCACGCGACUGGAUCGACAUCCUGACUAAAGUCAGCCAGUGCAACCGCAAACGCCUGAGCACCUACCAUCCCUCAGCCUACCUCAACGGCCACUGGCUCUGCUGCAAGCUCUCAGCAGACACAGCCCCUGGGUGUACGCCCUGCACUGGCGGACUCCCAGCAAACAUUCAGCUGGACGUAGAUGGAGACAGAGAGACUGAGAGGAUUUAUUCCCUGUUCAGCACAUACAUGACCAAACUGAUCAAGAUGCAAGAGGCCUGUGGCAGUAAGUCUGUGUACGACGGGCCUGAACAGGAGGAGUACUCCAGCUUUGUCAUCGAUGACCCCCAGGAGACCUACAAAACCCUGAAGCAGAUCGUUUCAGCUGUGCAGACCUUGGAGCAGCAGCACACCAAGUACAAACGGGACAAGUUCAAGAAGACAAAGAUAGGCAGCCAGGAGCAUCCGAUUGGAGACAAGAGUUUUCAGUGCUACAUCCGCCAGCAGUCUGAGAGCUCCACCUACUCUAUCUAGCCAUGGCCCUGUAUACUGUUUCUAUGAUGCCCAGAACCAGCAUAUUUUUGCUUUACUGCAAAAAAAAAGUCCAUCUUAACAAUGCUCUGAAUCUAGUACUGAGUUCUAAGUCUUUAUUUUUCCUUUAAACAAGGUUUUAAAAAAUGAUCAAGGUGAGAUCGUUUCACUUGUUUCCAAUGCAGUGUAUCUAUGCUUGAAGGAAUAUUUCUCUUUUUUUUAUGACAAUUCUGAAAGCAGAUGAUGCUGGUUUGAAAACAAGUUUCACCUGAUACACUGAUUUGUUCAGCUGGAAGAGUUUUAAGACUCACUGCCAGACUGGAUGAGCUGUGUAGAUGGACUUUUUGACUGCAGUGUUGCAAGGUGCAUCGCUCCAAAUUCGGAGAAACAGACCUCAGAUCAGCUAGAAUGGAAAAAGAGGAACAGUUGUGGAGGGAAGGAGGGAUACGAAUGAAGAAGAUAAUCAUACCAUACAUCUAUUUGGAUCUCCUUUCUGUGAUGUGACGAGAGAACAAAGAAAUGUUUUCACUGGACAGUUUCGACAGUGACCAACACGCACUUUAAUCGUCUCCAAAUCUAUGGAUGAACAAGCCUCGCAGCACACUUUCAAAAAAGCUUAUUUUCUGUUUGAACUGUAUUUGGUUAUUUUAAAGGUUGUUGAAAUGUUCCAUUGUAUUUCAUGUCUGAUAGACCAAACUUUAGAAGGAAAGAAGGACUGUAAUUUUGUCCCCCUUUGGGUGAUGUUGUCCUCAUGUACCUAUUUUUUUUUAUAUAUAUAUAUAUAUAUAUAUUGUUUUGUCCCUAACCUCCUCAGGAAGGCUGUGAAGGUCGAGGAAACACAAGAAGGGAUUGUCAGGACCAAGCACAGCCCAGAGCAGCUUGAUGUUGGCCAUCAAAAGUCACUCCACAGACAAUUUUAUCCCUCAUUUUUAUUCCUUAUCAUCAAAGUACUUACAGAUGUAUAGGUUUAGGUUUUCUUGUUUCAUUUUAAGCCUUGUUCUGCAGUGGUUACAAAUUGUACCUUGCAUAACCAGUACCUGGGUUAAAGGAAUAGCUUGGUUUUGGAGAGUUUUUGUGUUUUUUUUUUCCUACUUACAUUGAGUGAGACAGACCCACAGAUGCCUUUUUUUUUAAAAAAUAUAUUUAUAUGCUGUUUGAAGGUAUGUUUAACAGUUUGCUUAGCAGGGCUGGGUUUAUGGAUGUCAAGUUGCUGCUUCACUUUAAAGUAAGAGAAAAUACACUGGAUGGCUGGUUAGCUAAACUCCAUCUAUGAACAAAGAAAUUAGAUUAUAUUAGUUUAGUUUAAAACCAGUUUCUGUUGAUAUCAGGGCAGACUAACCCACUAGCUUAGGGUAAAAAUGUGUAGUGGGCACAACUUAAUUUAGUACAAUGCACUGUAUAACCACAAUAUAAACUAAAAGAAUAAUGUGCUUACUAUAUACACUCAGUGGUCACUUUAAUAGGUACACCUCAUUUUACAAAUAAUUAGAAACACCUAUGAAUAUAAUGCAGUCCACUACAGCAACACCACUAACCAUGACCUCAGUGCGAAACAUAUAAUUUCAUUAACAUCUCUAUGACAAUGUCAAAAGAAAACAUUAUAGGCAUCAUAAAAGUAGAUUUUAUGGCAGAACAGUUGUAUUGGACUACAUUAAACUGUAGAAGUGUAUAUAAUAAAGGGGCCAAAAAGUGCAGUGAAUAUAGUGUACAUACAGAAUUACCAUACUAAUUAAUUACGUUACCACAGACUAACUGCAUCAUGCUGAACCUAGUGCCUCUGGGUCCGUCUAGGUCUUUGGUCUUUGGGCAGUUGCCUGUUUACCCCAACCUUGAUUGACAAAUCCAGAAAAGUAACUUUAACCAUAGUAUAAUUAUUACAGCUACAUAUGCGUGGAGAACAUAUGAUAUUUUGCUGCUUUUAAGAGGUGCUGAUACUUGAUUCAACAUCCAGUAAAUAAGCUCAGAUCAGAUCCCCAUUCAACUUACCCUCAAACUGCAUGCAGACAUAAUAAAGGCAUAUAUUUGUUUCACUCUGUGUAAGUAGAAAAAGUAAUUAAAGCCAAACAAUCCUGUCAGAUAUCACAACGCAGAAACUAUGUGUUAGCACAGCUCAUUAACAAGGAUGGUUUUUAGCUUCACUCCUAAUUAACCCAUAUACUAACAUUUUAACCAGUUUUGUCUCAAGUUCUGAUUGUGUUGCCCAGUUGGCUGCCUGAUAUUGUAGUGCUGUUUAGUGAGUUAAGUCUUUCUUUGGGAAAGCUGCCCCCCUGUAGUUUAAAAACCUAUUUAUAUGCAUUCCUUUGAGAAACUGCCUGCUGUGAAUCUUAUUGGCCAACACCUCAGAAUCUGUUGAAGGUACAGGAUUUAUUGUUGUUUAACCAGUGUUGUGUUGUUCUACACUUCCCAAAGGCAACCACUCUCUUAGGCAUUCACAUUCAUCAGCGCUCACUCUCGCCAAACCUGUGCAUGUGACGUAUAGCUGUAGCCACAGAGAUGGUAGCCUCCACAGUCAUUGCUGUGCAACCAAGUGACUAUAAACCACAGAUGAAUUUUGUAAGUACCUGGUUAUGUAGCCUCAUGGGUGUUCUGGUGGUCACAGGAACCCAAACAGUGCCAGUCAUCACUUUUCUAAAAUUCUUUUUGAAAAACAAACAAAAAAUAUCAUUGUUUAGAUAUGUUUUUUAUAUAUAUAUCUCAGAACCUAUAACUGUUUUAAAAAUAGACAGUAAUUAUUCAGAUGACAUCUUUUUCUUUGUCAGAUAUGUUGAUCUAUGAACUAUAAGGAAAGUUCUCAACUAUUUGACUCUGUUUUAUAUCUGUCUUGUCAUACAGAAAUCUUGCUGUGUCUGAACUGAACGACUGAGGUGUGUGCGUGUGUGUUUUGUGCGUACAUGUGUGUUUGUUUCAGUAUGCGCAUGAGCGACUGACAUGACGGGUUGUAUUGCCAAUUGAAUUUACCCAGUGUUACAGGUCAGGAAAGGCAGUGUCCCACUUGUUAAAAAAAAAAAAAAUCACUGCCUGUAGUUUUACUAAAGACUGUAGUAGGAUUGUGGAAACGCUGUUUCUCUGCUCUGG